AUGGCGGAGACGAUGGGCACGUGCGGCAUUAGCAGUGAUGCAGCAGCAGCGCCUGUAGAGAAAUCCACGGGCGGGGUUGAAGUGAGAGAGCAGGAUUCUUUCGGUGGGCACGUGGCGCGAUUCGACUACUCCAACGACGCGCGAGCAGAAGCACCUGAGGAGCAACGCGAGCCGCGUGUGCUCACAUCAACGGCGGCAAGAUUCCAGGGGUUGCGCGCUGAGGGCGGGCAGCAGCAGCGAGGCGAGGCGGGCUGCGCGCAGCAGUGCGGGGAGGCGGGUUACCAGCGGCAGCAGUAUUUUCCGCAGCAGCCGCAACAGCAGGUGCAGCAGCCACAUUUGGAAUUAGCCGGAAUACGACAGCAGAUUCAACGACAACAGCAACAGCAGAAACAGCAGCAGCAGCAGCAGCAGCAGCAGCAGCAGCAGCAGCAGCAGCAGCAGCAGCAGUGGAGAUCGGAUCGCGCCCAAUCCCCCAAAUUUCUCACCUCCCCGCAUUUCCAGCCGUCUCAGGACUCACUGACCUCGCUCCACGUGGCGAACCUCCUCGCGUCGCCUCCUCCAGCGUGUCUCCUGCCGCCUCAAGCCUUGCCUGUCCCGCCCGUCCCGCCCGUCUCACCCCUGAUCGCGCGGGAAUCCAUCUCCCUGCGAGUCGCGCCCGUCUGGCCACCAAAUGCGCGGGAAUCCAAUCUCGCAGAGGCGGCGCAGCUGAUUGCGGCGUUGCAGCAGCAACUGCUGACGGAGCGCGCCUCGUUUGAACAGAAUCUGGCGCUGCUCCAGGUGGCGGCGAUGGAGGGGCGAGUGGCGGAGCUGGGGGAGCAGGCGGAGGCGGAGAGGGAGGGGAGGGCGGCGGCGAAUAGGGAGGUGACACGUGUGGCUGACGAGCUGAGGCGGGCGGAGGAGCGGGUGGCAGCAUGCGAGCAAGAGAAGCAAACGCUGAGAGAGGAGGCGGCAGUGCUGACGCAACAGGCAGUCGACCUCAGGGCUGAGCUGGGGGAGCAGAUGAAUUUCACAGCUGCACUGCAGGCAGCAGAGGCGGAGAGGAGGACAGUGGAUGCAGCGGCUGCUGCUGCUAAGAGCGAGAGGGAUGAGCUGAGGCGAGAGGUGAAUGAUGCGAGGACAGUGCAAAUGGAGGAGGUUCAAGUGCUGCAGAGCGAGAGGGAUGAGGCAAGGCGAGAGGUGAAUGAGGUGAGGCGUGAGAUGGAUGAGGUGAGAUCAGUGCAGGUGGGAGAGGUGCAGGUGGUGCAGAGGGAGAGGGAUGAGGCGAGGCGAGAAAGGGACGAGCUGAUGCGAGAGUUGGGGGAGUUGCGGCGAGAACUGGAUGAGGUGAGAUCACUGCAGGUGGAGGAGGCACAGCUGAUCAGCAGCAGCAGCAGCAGCAGUGCGGUGGCACAGUGCAAGGGCACGGGAGCAGUGGGGACAGAGGGCGAGAGAGGGACUAGAGGAGCGAGCGAGAGAGGAAUUGCAGCAGCAGGGGUGGCAGCAGGAAUAGCAGGAGCAGAAAGGGCAGCUGUAGAGGUGUGUGAUUUGAUGAAGGCUGCAGCAGCGGCUGUGGCAGCAGCAGGAGGGAACAGGCAGGCGACCAUAGAUGCACAGGCUCUGUUGGCACAGGCACAGAUGAUGUUAAGAAAUGUGAUAAUAUCAGAUGUACUCGAAUCAGGGAGCUUCGGGAGUAGCAGUGCCACGUCACAUCCUUUAACCCGUUCGUCCUCCUCUUCGUUUGGGCUUCCCUCCUCCUCCUCCUGCUCAAGCUCGUCCUCUUUAAAGGAUGCUGCGAUAUUGGCUGCAAGAGCAGAGAGGGAGCGGCUAGUGAGGAGAUUGGAGGAGGUGGAGGCACGAUGGGUGAGGUCUCAGGACGAGCUUCGGAGGAGUUUGGAGGAAAAAGAGGAGCUUACAAAGGAGUUGAGUGCGGUUCUGGGGAGGGUGGCGGAAGAACGGAGGGAGUGGGUGGAGAGAAGGGAAGAGGAGAGGAGGAAGAGGAGUGAGGUGAUGGUGAUGCUGGGUGUGGUGGAGAGAGGGAGGGAGGAGGCUGAGAGGAAGAGGAGAGAUGCGGAGAGGAGGUGUGAGUGGACGGAGAGAAUGUUAAGGGAAGCUGAGAAAAGGCUGGAGGAGAGGGGGGUGGGGGUGGGCGUUGGGAUGGGGAUGGGGAUGGGGGCGGGGGUGGAGGUGAGUGGUAAGGUGGAAGGAGAGGAUGGGAAGUUAGUGGGGAAGGGUAAGGGGAGAGAGGGGAUUGGGGCGAGUGUGGGAGGAGGUGGGGAUGGAGAUUGGGACAGUGGAGGAGGAGAGGGAGAAGCGGGGGCGGUGGUAGGGGAAGGGGAGAGGAAGAGGCAUCAAGACAGGCAGGAGGCAAGCCGUGACUGGGAGAAGCAGCAGCAAGGGCAGCAGCAAAGGCAGCAGCAAGGGCAGCAGCAAAGGCAGCAGCAAGGGCAGCAGCAAGGGCAGCAGCAAGGGCAGCAGCGAGUGGAGGAUCGAGGGGAGCAGCAGGCAGAGCAGAAAGAAGGCAUCGGGCAGGAGAGGAUGGAGGGUGCAAAGCAGGGGCAGGAACAAGGGCUGGGGGGCCAGGAGAAGCAGGAAGGGCAGGAGGGGCGGACUCAGCAGUGGCAGCAGCAGUGGCAGCAGCAGCGGCAGCAUCAGGCAGAAGGGCAGCAACACGUGCAAGCGCGGAGCCGAGCGGAGCGGGUUUCAGUAUGGGCCCAUCAAAGGAGCCCGCACUACCGCCGGGAGUAUCGCCACCAUCAGGAGCGGCAGCAUCGAGGCUACCACGCUUCCCCAAUGCCCUCCCCUUCUUCCUCCACCUCUAGUCCUGCUGCUGCUGGUGCCCCCCAUGCAGUAGGGCAGCUGAGGAAUGGGUCAGCCAAAGCAGUGCAGCUGGUGAAUGGGACAGUCAAGGCAGGGCAGUUGGAGAUUGGGUCAGCCAAGGCAGGGGAGGUGGAGAUUGGGAGGGUAGUGAAGGCAGGGGAAGCAUCACUGCGAGCGGCAGGAGGGAUGAGCUCGCUCACACACACACUGUCUCCUCGUCCCCGGCUCACAGCAUCCUCAAUCUCUCCUCUUUCAUCUGCUCCCCCAAUGGGUUGA